AUGGCGAGGGCGACCGAGGCACAACCAUCAAUAUUGAAGAAGUUAUUCCGGGGUAUCGCAGUAGAGCACGGGGCAGCUCAAAAUCACUCUUCGCCCCAUUUCUUCCUCCUUUUGACCCUCUCCAAAUCCUCCAUCGACUGUAUCUCCUGUCUUCGAAUCGGUACCAAACCCCCACGAACGUUUGAGGAAUUUGAGAGAACGCUGGGUCGGAUAUCCUCAUCUGAGAAGAUCGACUUGGUUCAUAUUGAUCUUCAUGGAAGCUUUGACCGUGACAAAGGAUCGGUUUUAGAAUUCUUUGACAAGUUUUCGAAGCACCGCAGAGCCUACGCCGCUUCCACUGUUGCCGAGGUCCUACAAAGAAACGGUGUUCAAUGGGCCGUGCUAUGUGCCUGCCGUACUGCACAAACUUCCUCAACGUUCAGUCACCUUGCCCUCGAAUUUUUGAAUCACGGAAUCACCGGCGUUUUUGCAAUGAGAUAUGAAUUGAAAGCUGCCGCCGCCAAAAUUUUAACAUUCUCAUUUUACGAGGCACUUUGUCAGAAUGGGAAAACUUUUAUCGAGUCAGGGUAUACCGCUCGUCGCGCUAUGCAAGCAAGUGCUUCGCGGCCUGCUAGAUUUGCAGAAAUAUUCGAGGUGCAAGACUCUCUGGUCCCUGCGAUAUACACGAUUGACGGAAGGGACUUUCGUUUGGGAGGAUCUACAUCAGUGGAUAGCGCUGCGGCCAGCUCAUUUACAAGAUCUCCCUCAAUGCCCGAAAUGAUUGGCAGAGAAGAUGACAUUCGCCGUUCAAGCUCUUUGAUGAGGGAGGAGAAGUCAUUUUUGAAUGUCGUCAGCGAUGUCGGCAAUGGAAAAUCCAUUCUGAUGGAACACUUGGCUUGGUGGUGGAAGGAGAUAAAGCUCUUCUCUCGCAUCGCUUACGUCAAUAUAUCCCUUAAGCGCGACAGUGACAGUGCCUUGGGUUGUCUGGCUAUGGCUAAAUGCAUAUGGCAUUCUGUUGCCAAAAGCGGGACCCCGAGUCCUUCUUGUUCAGAUCCUAUGAGAUUUCUGGUUCAGGCCAUGGAAAGCUCGAAGGGCCAGGACCUCAUCGUCCUACUAGACGGAAUCGACGAAGUCUAUCCCUAUUUAUCCAACAACUGUUGUGAUGAUACUUCUCAAAGCUGGACCGAAUUCUUUCGUGUGGCCAAAAUUCUGUCUACCACUGGGUUCAAAUUGGUAGUAACAUCGUCUGCACCCUUGCAAUUUCUCGCCGAUGAGAUGAGCGAUUUUUUGCUGAACUUAGCACCCGCAUGA